AUGGUACAAAGACAAAGGAAAUUGAUGGAAGACAUGUCUCCAGCAGUUGCAGUGACACUUAGUUUAGGUAAUUCUAUAUGUGAUAAUUCUGGAAUUGCAGCCAAUGUGGAGUUCACAUGGCUAAAGCUAGUAACAGACCCUGGAAGUUUGUCAUCAGAUUCCAUUAAGGCGGUGCCUUUAGAGUCAGUUUCGUGCAGCAAUGGAAGUUGCAAUGAUAUACAAAGUCACGCUACUGUGGUGGCCAUGUCAUCAGAAGAAGAUAAUGGUGGAGAGGGUUUGUUAAAGAUGCUACCAGAGAGUGGAAACACUUCUGUUAGUAAUGAUGCCAUGGUUCAAGAAAGUGAGGGAGGUGAAAUCUUAUCCUUUAGAUAUGAUACUAAUGGAAUUGAUAGUGAGGAAUUGCUUAAGUUAGAGGUGGGGCCUGCGAUAAGCUUGCCAGAUGUUGUGGAGAUAGGAAAUGCUGUCGAAGGUAAGAUUGUUGCAAAAGCCAUUGUCUUGGUAGAAUCAGCUCUUGGGAAAAUGCCGUCGGGUGAAGUCAUUGUUGCAGCAGUUAGCUCGGCUUCUGAGUUAUCAGAUAAGUCUGAUUUAACAACCUCUACAGUACAUAUCCAGUCAAAUGGGGAGAAGAAUGUCAGUAAAGCAAGUAUCCGGAGUGUUUUUGAGCUGGACUGUAUUCCCCUCUGGGGUUCUGUAUCAAUUUGUGGAAGAAGACCAGAAAUGGAGGAUGCAAUUGCUGCUGUUCCUCGGUUUAUUAAUAUUCCAAUUAAAAUGCUCAUUGGGAAUCAAUUGUAUAAUGGAAUGAGCCAAAGUUUGACCCACCUAACCAGUCACUUUUUUGGCAUUUAUGAUGGCCAUGGGGGGCCUCAGGUAAACGCCUUCUUCAUACGUUUAUUUUAUUCAUUCAAGUUAAGAUUGAGAGUUGAGGAAGAAAAAAAAGGGGGAGGAAAAGUGGUGUUUUGGUUAUUGCUGUUGCGCUACAUAUUUGGAUGGUGUGACAUUGGAAAAACCAACUUCCACUAA